AAAUGUAAUAUUAAAACUAUAUAAAGAUAGAUAUUAAAUGCUUACUUCUAAUUUAGUUUAACUAUUUUUCGUUACUCCUAACAAUAUUAAUAACAUAAUGGUGAUAUUCUCUACACGCAGUUAUGUUAACUUAUGGGUUUUAUUCUAUUUAUUUCUUGAAAUUCGAUGUUCUGGAGUUAUUUUGAGACCUGAAUUAGGAGAAAAUCGUCAUUUCAUACCAGUGAACUAUCAAUGGCAAGUUUUAAAAGCUCAACAAUUAGACGUCCAAGUGUACUCAAGCAGUGUAAAGGGAGAACAAUUUAAAGUUUUGACUAAACCCAAAAAAAUAAAAAAUAUAAAAGGAGAUGGAAAUUGUUUCUUUAACGCGAUAUCAUAUUGGAUUACAGGCGCUCAACAUGAUGGUGGUUUGAUGCGUUUAUUAAUUGUUUAUUCAAUGAAAAUGUCAGAAAGGUUUCAAACGAUGUUGUCUGAAUGGGAGCGAAAUUUACGCGUACAGGAAAUGUUAAAAUAUACGACUUAUGCUGAAUGUCAUGAAUUGUUUGCGGCAGCAGAAUUUUUGCAAACAUCUCUUUAUGUAUACUCUGAAGAUGCUUGGCAUUUUAUAAGCAAAAACGGAAUAGGCUCCGAAGAAAUACUAGAACCAUGUAUUUAUAUGCACCAUGUAAACAAUAAUCAUUAUGAAGUCAUAUUAGAUGUGGAUGAUGAACCAAGAAUAAUUGAAAAACAACAACCACCAAUAAAAGUUGUCGAGGAAUCUAAAGUUCAAAUUUUCACUGAAAAUGACGCCGAAACUGCUAAAUAUUUUCAGUAUUUGUAUGACCUAGAAAGAGACAAUUGUACAGAUUCAAACAAAUUAAAAAGAAGUAAAUCAAAAAGAGAAGCUUUUAAAAAACUUAUAAAGAAAUCGAUAAACAAAGCCAAAAAUAAAAUACACAGACAAUAUAAUGAAUAUACAGAAAAUCAAGAAAUUGAAAAUUUACAAGAAGAACUCUUUAUCACACCUCCAGUCUCUACGAAAAAUGACACCGAAGUUUUUCAAGAUAUUAAACCUCCAGUCUCUACAAAAAAAGACACCGAAGUUGUUCAAAAAGAUCAAAAUGAAACUGAUGAAAUUAUACAAGAUAUUUCCAAAACUGUUGAGAAUACUAAGAAUGGCAAUUCCUUAGAAGAUGACGCAAGAUAUGCUCGAUAUUUGCAAGAUGUUUACGAUAAUGAAACUCAGCCAGUUCCACGUGAAACAGAAAUAAUCGAUACUCCUAAGGUUACUACAGAAGACGCCAACUAUGCUCGAUAUUUGCAAGAUCUAUACGAUGAAGAAAAUGUAACACUUUCAUCCUCAAAUAAAACUAAUAUUGCUGAGAAACCUAACGCUGAAAAAUCUACCGUUGAUGAUGCCAGCGUUGCUGAGAUACCCACGAACAUUGGUAAAAGUUAUGAAAAUUACAUGCCUGUGACUGUAGAAGAAGUUAUGGAUCAUAAUUACGUUAUUGAAGUAACGACAGACCCAAUGGUUAACACAAGGCAUUUUGUACCAGUUACUCUUCAAUGGCAGGCUAGAAAAUGUAUGCAAUUUGGUUUGAAAUUAAAAAAAAGUGUUUUUAAUCACGAUGAACCAGUUAAGUUACUCGGUAAUCCAACGGAUAGGAACGCAAUGCCAAAAAAUAACAAUAGCCUUUAUCAUGCAAUUUCAUAUUGGAUAACUGGAUCGUCUGACUAUGCAAAGUUUUUACGAAAGCGUAUAAAUUCUAAAAAGGACAUUACUGAUGAAUAUUUUGAAUUUUUUGAGAUAGCUCAAUUCUUGAACACAUCAAUUUAUCUUCAUUCUUUUGGUGUCUGGCAAUUUUUUAGUAAAGAUGGAAUUAAUGCUGUAGAAACUGUCCAAUCCUGUUUAUAUUUAAGCAGUGUAGAUAAAGUGCAUUUUGAAGUUGUAACAAACGUUGAAUAAUAUUUAUUUAUAUUUAAUGUGUAAUUUUUAGUAUUAAGAAAUAAUAAAUAAAAAUAAUA